CUCUGCUGCUUCUGUUCUGUCCACUCGCAGCGGUUCAUGCUGGCGGCCGCUGGGAGCGACUCCUCCUCAGCGAGUCCGCGGCUCUCCGACAGUUAGCCUGUGUUUCCCUGAGCGGAGCUAAAGUCGCCCCUUUUAUGUAGUUUUUAAGUAAGCUCUGUGGUUUGAUCAUGUUUACCUUUUCAGAGCUCAUGGUCCUUUUGGCGACGUUGUCCGCCACGGCGUCCGGCUACUUUGUCAGUGUGGACGCUCACGCUGAAGAGUGCUUUUACGAGCGGGUCAACUCGGGCACCAAGAUGAGCCUCAUGUUCGAGGUGGCGGAGGGAGGCUUUCUGGAUAUCGACGUGGAGAUUACAGGUCCGGAUGGGAAGCAGAUCUAUAAGGGAGACAGAGAGUCCAGUGGGAAGUAUUCUGUGGCGGCACACAUGGACGGCACCUACAAGUUCUGCUUCAGCAAUAAGAUGUCCACCAUGACCCCUAAGAUCGUCAUGUUUACCAUUGAUAUUGGAGAGGCGCCAAAGGGUGAUGGCAUGGAGACAGAGGUUGGUGGUGGCACCUGGGAUGCCCACCAAAACAAACUGGAGGAGAUGAUCAACGAGCUAGCAGUUGCCAUGACAGCGGUCAAACAUGAGCAGGAGUACAUGGAGGUCCGCGAGAGGAUACACAGAGCAAUUAACGACAACACAAACAGUCGAGUAGUGCUGUGGUCUUUCUUCGAGGCCCUGGUGUUGGUGGCCAUGACGCUGGGACAGAUUUACUACCUGAAGAGGUUUUUUGAAGUGCGGAGAGUUGUUUAAGUUGUGGUUUGUACUAUUUUGUAUUCCAAAGUGUCUCAUCGUUCUUUGGACUUGUUUGGAGAAUAAACAAGUAAAACUAUUGAAAAUGGGAAGAUGA